CUGUGUGGUGGGGAAUUUUGACAGCGACAGCGUUGUUUAGGAGACAAACAAGGACGUGUUGAAGGGGACUAUUUUUCUCUCCUCGUUCCUCCCGAUCUCGCACUGACAGUUUCUCAACGCACCUAGAUUUCUGACGAUAUGGCGGCUUCAGAUCGGGCUGUCUACUGUAAGUCUGAUGAGUAAUCCCCCCCCUGGUCCUGUCCUCCAUUGUGGUCGACAUGGCGAGCCACUACCGGCCGCCGUCCCCCCUGGAGGAUUCGGUGCUGGGCAGCCCGGUGUGUGGGGACUUCCUUGGGGGCAUGGAGGAGCUGCAGGACAUCCCCCAGUCCAUCGACGGUGACGCCCUCAGCUCCUUGGACGUCCCUGAGUACCAGUCCCAGUCGAGUAACGGCUCUGAAGGAUCCACCGUUCUAGAUGCUCUGACCCCAGCAUCCAGCCCGUCGUCAGGGGGGUAUGGAGCGGCUGCAGGGCUGGAGGAGUUCUCCUCCACCUCUCUCAACCUGGAGUGUCGGGUGUGUGCCGACCGCGCCUCCGGAUACCACUACGGAGUUCACGCCUGUGAGGGCUGCAAGGGUUUCUUUCGGCGGACCAUCCGCCUGAAGCUGGAAUAUGACAAGUGUGAGCGUCGCUGUAAGAUACAGAAGAAGAACCGGAACAAGUGCCAAUACUGCCGCUUUCAGAAGUGCCUGUCUGUGGGCAUGUCUCACAAUGCGAUCCGUUUUGGUCGGAUGCCCCAGUCUGAGAAGCUGAAGCUGAAGGCAGAGAUCCUGACGGGUGACAGGGAGGUGGAGGACCCCCAGCAGGCCGACCAGAAGACUUUGGCCAGGCACAUUUAUGAGGCCUACCUCAAGAACUUCAACAUGAACAAGGCCAAAGCCCGCACCAUCCUCACUGGCAAGACGAGCACUCCACCCUUCGUCAUCCAUGACAUGGAGACCCUCCAGCUGGCAGAGCAGACCCUGGUGGCUAAGAUGGUGGGCACGGCCGGAGGCCAUCUCCUUGAGAAGGAGGCUGAGGUCCGCAUCUUCCACUGCUGCCAGUGCACCUCCGUAGAGACGGUCACAGAGCUAACCGAGUUCGCCAAGUCUGUCCCCGGCUUCUCCAGCCUGGACCUGAACGACCAGGUGACUCUGCUGAAGUACGGCGUGUACGAGGCACUGUUCGCCCUGCUGGCAUCGUGUAUGAACAAGGACGGCCUCCUGGUGGCCUACGGAUCGGGCUUCAUCACCAGGGAGUUCCUCAAGAGUCUGAGGAGGCCCUUCAGCGACAUGAUGGAGCCAAAGUUUCAGUUCGCCAUGAAGUUCAACGGGCUGGAGCUGGAUGACAGUGACCUGGCUCUGUUUGUGGCUGCCAUCAUCUGCUGUGGAGACCGCCCUGGCCUGGUGAACGUGACCCACAUCGAGUGCAUGCAGGAGAACAUUGUUCAGGUGCUGCAGCUCCACCUGCUGGCCAACCACCCAGACGACACCUUCCUCUUCCCCAAUCUGCUGCAGAAACUUGCCGACCUCCGUCAACUGGUCACCGAGCAUGCGCAGUUGGUCCAGGAGAUCAAGAAGACAGAGGACACGUCACUCCACCCCCUGCUGCAGGAGAUCUAUAGGGACAUGUACUGAGAUAUUGAGCCCAGGGAGAAGGGCUGGGGGCUGAGAACACACACCUCACCCUCUAUUUUGGGGACAUGUACUGAGCCUAGAAAAGAGGUGGUCUGCCAUUUUAGGGACGCAGGCGUGAACAGUCUAUCUGAACUGUCCCACGGUGAUAGGGUUGAACCACUGAACCCCCAGAUACAGGGUUGCUCGUGUUUCUCAGCAGCGAGAGUAUUGGUGUUUAUGAGGCCCAGACAUCACAGGACAAGACAGAACUACAGGACACUAUUCUGGGGCACCUGCAGGGUCCACUACUCCUACAUGGACCUCUAGGGCCAUAUUACGUGUGUGGAGGGGCAGUGUGGGGCUGAAUUGAGUCUCCUGUCCUAUCCUAGUGUUUAUCCGAGAACAUAUAUCGGGCUGGAGUACACAGAUCAAAUAAUACAUUUCUGUUUUGGGUAAGUAAGAUUCAGUCAGACUAUAACCGCCAGAAUCCCUGCUUAGGUACACGCUUAAAGGGGCCUGCACUGAGCCGUACUCCGGCACUAGAGUGAAGAACAGCAGAACUUACUCUUCAGAACACCACUUCAGCGGUAUGUUUAUAACUAUGCCUUUUUGUACCGAACGUGAGAGCGAGAGGAAAGAAUGAUAGUGAUGCCCACCUACUUUGCAGUAAAGACACCCAAGUGACUUCAAUGCCGACUACAGAUUUUAGAUGUGAGUGACUGUGUCUCACAGCAAGGCAGCUUUUUCAGUGAUUGGCUGUGCUCCCCCAGUGAAGUACAGAUGUAGGUUUUUUAUUUGAGAUGGUUUUGCUACAGCAGGAUAAUACUUCUGCAGCAACAGGAAAUGUGAAUCAUAAUUCAUGGACAUUUUCUGUCGGGGUUGAUACCUUUUCCGUUAGUGCCAAUCAAGUCUGAAAUGUAAAAGGAGAAAUUGCAAACGCUAGAAACCUUUUACCUUACACGUUUGCAUUUCCUGCUGUGCAGGAAAAUUCUCAGCGACUAAAAGAGUGAUUUAAGAUCCUACAUCUGUCAUGGGAUUGCAUGGUCAGUUUCCUAAUGCACCAUACUGUACCAGACCAUUGUCCCUCAGAUGCAGCUGCAGCGGCUCAAAAUCCAACUCACAGGACAAGUAAAUGUAACAGAUUGCUUCAUUCAUUUUGGGAAAGCUCUCCUGUGCCUUAUCAAAUUCUUUCACCUGCUUAGGCGAUAACAAAUCAUGUAUUAUCAAUGGGAUUCCUCUGAAAAAAAAACUAUAACUAUAAUUUAGCCAUUGAUUUAACAUGGUCAUGUUCACUUAUGUUAUCAUGGAUGAGGCUAAAGAUUUUCAGUAAUUGCUCCCUCUAUAUCUCUCUGAAUAUUCUGUCCUUUGCUAUUUUCGACGCAAGACCCACAGCCUCAGUUGGACAGACACACUCUUGGCCUCAACAGGCCUCCGUUGUUCCAACAUCAGUUUACUCUUCAGUCAUUCUACAGAGAAUUAUUCCCCAUGUGGUGUAUAGGGAUGGUUUUCACGUCCCUUCCCAUCCGUCUCAUUUUCCUCUCCUAUCUAGACCAAACUCUAACAGGGAGGCUUUGGUACGCAUUAUAUUCAUUUCAUAAAACCAAUGUGAAACUCAAUUAACUUUAACCGAUUUUUUUUCAGUACUUUCACAAACAAAGGCAAACAAACUACCAUGUCAAUAGUGUUUCCCCCACCCUUCAGAACAUGGCUCUAUCAGGACAUUUUGUUUGGAAGUAGUUUGAUUUUCUUCAUAAAACAGACAUUCAGAAAAGACCACUGUCAGAGAUUCACUAUGUAAAUGCACCCACAAUGCAACACUAAAGCACAAGUAUGCUUCCGAGAUGUGAUAUGAGUCUAUGUGGUAUACUGUACCUCCGUAAUUAUGCCUUUUUGAGAAAAAAACCCCACAUAUUUGGCACUCCAUCUUGUUUUGCGUUCUGGUAUUAAAGGUCUAAUCCGACGUUAAACUACAUUAAAACCUUAACACAUGCAGAUUGAGAGCAGGUUUACCACAUUUCAAGCAAUUUUAAGCAAUACCAGAAAGCCUGUUAUUUUACUCUCUCACUCAUAUUAUCACCCUCAUUACACAUAUCUGACUUACUCUCUUACUCAAUCAUCUCUCUCUCUCUCUCUUACUCUCUCUUCUCUCCCUUUCUUGCUCUCUCUCUGUCACAGUGCCUCGUUUGGCUUGGUCCUCUUUCUUGCCCCAUAGAUUGAGGGCCCGAAUCAAUCUGUAGCGUGGAAGAUCUGCGUUGCAGCUCGGAUGACAUUUAAAGUUCAUUUCCGAUAGAGCCGACAAAUGCAGCGUUUAGUGUGAAUGCAAUCUCUGCAAACGCGGUAACAUUGCCUUUAAAUGUUAGAUCUUCCGAGCCCUUAGGUUCAGGGAAUUAUGCUACACAACAAUAAUACUUUCUUUUGGAUUGAUGACAGAUGACCAUUGUUGCGCUCUCUUUUUCUUACAAACUAGAAUAGCACACCUUUCAACUCUAACUGGUAUAAUAUGGAGUGUCAACUAACCCAGCUCUCUCCGUGCUUUGAAAUAUUAAUGGAUGACAACUUACUUACUUACUUCUAACUUAAUGUUAGAAUCUAGUAGAGAUGACACACUAAAACUGCUUCAUCAAACCAGCCAUCGAUCCCUCACAGAGCUAAUGGGAAUGCUGCAAAAGCAUAAUGAAAUAAUCAUUCACGUGUGCAUGUUUUUCUGACGGAAGUACGUUCUUAAGUGCAUUUUCUGUGAGGGAAUGUUUUUUGUUCUUUGCUUACCGUACCAAAUUCUCAUCUGAAUCCAUAAAUCAAUGAUUUGGUUUCAUGUAAUGGACCUAGAUUCACUCGCUGCACCACAUUGUAUAAAUGCUUUGUACAUAGAUUCAGUGAUUAUGUGAUUGCUUGCCCCAACUAUAACUGGAGGUUUACAAGAUAUGAACUAAUAUUGGAUAUGUUUUGUAUUCCUCUUUGUCUGGUAAAUACUUUUCAAUGUUUUCAAUUGUACAGAAAUGCAGGUAUGUUUUUUGCUUAAAAGCCAAAUCCACACCAAAAAAUAUUUGGGUAUUUAUUUCAUUAGUCCACUGUUAAUACAGUCCCAAAAUGUAUUGCAUGUCAGCAGUCAAGUUUUUAAAAUAUAGGAUUUUCAGGAAGCAAAGUGUUUCGCAUCAUAUGAUGCAUUUUGUAUCAUUAUGAUGAUGUGGCAAGUGACACUUUGCUUCUUGGAAGUCCAAUAUCUUGGAAAUUUGACUGCCGACAUGGACUAAUGAAAAAAAGACCACAAUAUCGAUUUGGGGGGAUUUUUUCUUUUAAGCCCUACCUAAUUUGACCAUGUUAUAAUUGAGUUGGAUCUUAUUUUUAUACUAAAGCUAAAGCAUAUCUAUGAGUAGAUCGGAAAUUGUUCUGUUGAAGAGUGCAAUGUAAAUAGAGUAACUAAGAGUAACUAAGUAACUGGUGAUAUAACCAUAGAUUUGAUUCCCAAUGGGGACAUUCCUUUUGUUAAUUCCCACACUAUAGAGGGAGAGUUAACAUGUUAUGUACAGUGUGUGCUGUGCUUAGCUUUAGGGAUACUAAAAGCACUCAUAGUUAAUAUCAAGACUUGACCGCAAAACCUGCUAUGGGUUAUUGGCACUACUUUUUCACUAGACAACGUGAUCUGGAUAUAAUCUUUGUCUUGAACAGACAGAAGUAAAUAAUUAGCGUUAAGACUGGUAAUAAUACAGUACUUACAAGUCUCCUUCUACGUUGUCAUCUCAGGUUGAAGAUUAAAUAGUAGAGGAGAUGUUUAGCGCGUAGUUUCACGAUUCACAACAUAAAUGCUCCAUAAUUGCCUCUCCGUGUACUUCAAGCCAAGCGGUUUUGUCGUUUUUGUGGCCCUAUUAUAUCCCUUCUCUGUAUUGAUAAAUAUAUACGACAUUAUGCACUCAUAACUUGUCCACUUAGACACAAUGCACAGCGAUUUCAUAACAGUCAAAUGCAGUUGAAGAAAAAUACAGCAAUAAGAUGCAGUAUAUUGUUUAUUACCACGCUCCCAUUGUAUCAAGCUUUUUGCCUGCUUCCUUUCUCCUCCUCGCUCACUGCUAUGUUCUAACUUAACCAUAAUCAUGCCAUAUGUUAGAGGGCUGAAUUAUUUCAAGCUGCCUGUAGUGGUAGUUCUAUAGUAUGUAUUCCUCGGGAAUGUCAGGCCUCCAUAGAAUGCAACGAUGCUUUAAUCCACUGCCACCUGGAUCUAGAUUCUAGAAUCGCCAGGUGAACUGAACACAUUAGUGAUUAAACACAACCCGUGCCUUAACCCACGCCAUACAACAUUAGACACAAUACAGUAUAGCCCUAAAGAUGCACACAGGUCUGUGUCACCAAGGUGCUGGUAUGGAUGUGACACUACACAGUACAGAGAUACACAAAGAGAGGAUAUGACAUAGUGACAGAAUUAGGGAAGGUAUCAGAAUUGUGAUAGGCAGACGGAUUAUUGUUGAAUCUGUGGAACACAAUGACUGUUUGGAAUCACGAUCUUCCAAAUGAGAGAGAUCUCUGUCUUGCAAUAGUGAAAAUACAAACAAGGUAAUAUAAUGGUUCAAAUACUAGAGAUUUCUGCUACCCUUAGUGACGUAUAUUAUUUUGUGUUGAAUUGUCAAGCAACUUUUGACAAGUAUCAGGGAAAAUGUUGUCUUCCUUAGGUUGUCGUAGUUUAGGACAUAGAGGGGGACUCUUCUUCUUGUUGAGUUUAUAGGGCACUGCCAUACAGCACACAAAUAAUAGUAGCAAUAAUAAUAACAAAUAAAUAAAACUACAUAGAAAUGACGAGGGCAUCAGAUAUAGGAAAUACGAUUUUGAUUCUGUAUUCAUUUACUAAAUGUCAUGGAGUUGAUGCAGUGUUUUUAUGGCUAGUGUCAUGCACAGAUACCGGAGAUGAUCUUUAGAGGUUUAUGUGUACUGUGGCUUUGUAUCAAUACUGUAAAUGUUUGACAAAUGUACUGUAUAUCUUAGUCAUUUAAACAAUAAACAAGUUGACUUUGAAUGGACUUUAAAAUAAAAUGAUUUUAAAAUCCAA